AUGAUCACUGAAAAUAGCAACGAGGAAAUCAUUGGCAUCGGCUCAUACGGAAAAGUGCGCGUGAGUGAACUAAAAGUGGCUGAGAAGUAUUUGCAAGCAAAGACUCCUCACGAGGAAGAAAUAUUCAGACAAGAUGCUUUGCAAUAUUUACAACAACGGGAUCCGUCGAUCAUUCAUCGUGAUUUAAAACCAGAAAACGUUUUCGUCACCAUAGACUUUUUGCUAAAAGUUGGCGACUUUGGAUGUGCACGUGAGAAGAGCACGAAGAAUGGAUCACACGUCGGCACAGCUCGAUACAUGAGCCCCGAAGUGGCAUCAGAGAAAGGGGUUAGUUGCAAGAGCGACGUCUACUCGGCUGGCUUGAUUCUAUGGGAAAUCGUUAAUCGACGUAUGAUAUUGAAAGAAUAUAUUUGCGGUUCAUCGUUUCGGGAAGAGACUUUCCAGAACGAGUUCAAGAGUGGCGUGUUCAAGUUUCAGCCGCCCAAUUGCUCCGAUGAUGUCCUCAAGGAGCUGUUUCUCAGUUGUGUCGAGUAUAACCCAGAAGAUCGUCCUAGCAGUGGAGAAGUCCUCACAAAAAUAGCUUCGAGAAUAGCUGAUAUCGCAGCAACAGACUAUCUGCCAAUCGUUGUCGAAGAGAACAAAAUAUUAAUCAACUUGAUCGCACCUAUUGAUCCUGAUUUAAACGACAGUUUUUUAAAUAUCCCUUCAGCAUUCACGGCCAUCGAGAGUUCGAAUGGAAAGGAAAUUGAGGAAAAAUCGAGCAACAUAAAAGAAAGCUCAUUUAUCAAAUCGUCGGAAUCAGAAAGGGUUGAUUUAAUUCUUGAUCACCAACGACGACAAUCAAAGACAAUUCUCUCGAUGGAGAUUAUGGAAUCUCUGAAAAAUGUGGAGUUAAAAACAAAAGACACACUGUCUUCGUGUCAUCCAAUGCUUGUGGAAAUCAAACGACAAGUGGCUAACUUCAGCAAGCUUCUUGUCGAGUUUAACUCUUUUGUCGUGACUAGAGGAAGUGAUGAGGCUUCAAGAGAGAUUUUCAGAGAUUUACUGAAUCUGUUAGAGAAAUGGAUUGAAAGAAAAGAGCAAGAUGUCUCAAUGCUUAAUGAUCUCAUCGAGCAACUUGGAAAUAAAAAGAAUAAUUUGAAAUCGAUAACGAUUGCCGUGAAGCACUCUGAUGUUAACAAAGGAUCGAUGAGAGAGUUCAUUCCGCCUGCUAUGCCAGGGAAAUGUCUUGUUAAAAUAAAAACAAAUGACGAAAAUACCGGAGUGAUCGUUCGACUUGAAUGGGAAAAGCCGAAAGAAGGCGCUGAGAAUGUGAUCGCUUACAAAGUUCAGUACCGCGUCGACACAGAAGCUUGGCAACUUGAGCUGAAAAAAGUCUAUGCCUUUCGCAUUUGCUCAAUGAGUGAAGCUGGUGCAAGUGAAUUUAAAGACGUCAGCGAUCCCGUCCUCAUCGUGGAUCCCGAUGCAAAGUCAGAUGUCUGGGUAGAAGUCUAUCAUCGAUCACCAUUUCCCGCCCACUCUGUGAGGGGAUUGAAUCGAGAGUUGAAAGAUGCGGAAGACCCAUCGAAAAACGGAUACGUGGCGUUAUGGUACGAUGGUGAAGGUAAAGCGUUUUUCGGUCGAGCCGAAAAUCGAGGCGGCUACGUGGAAGCGUGGUUUCCGAAAGAGACGACGAAAAGAACGAACUGGAUCCUCUGGCCAGUGUAUGCUCAAACGAGAGGCGAAUGGAGGAGCAACGAUUUGCUGACGGGGAAAUUUCAAAUUCUCACCAAUCCAAGCAACGUCGUUUAUCGAUGGGUUCGACCUUAUCAGUUGGAUGAUCCGAGAAACGUCUUGAUCUCGUUCCAGGGAAUGUGCCCAGCUGUUGUAAUGACUGCUGGGAGAGAGCUUUUGGGAAUGGCCCAGCCGGCAAACUCUCGAGCAUGGACAACAUAUAAAAAUAAGAAAUCUCUACAUGAAGGCUCAGAGUUUAACGAAUGCUAUGUACUAGUUCGAAAUCCU